AUGGCAAGGCAUUCGCUGGACAAUACUGGCUUCUCCAUCGACAGCUCAGAACUCCCAUCAGGCUUAAUUGUCGAUUACAACAUUGAUGAUCUGGUGAGACCUGGGAAUAUUGCAGAGCUUAGGCAUGGGCAGCAAGCAGAAAAUAUCCAUCUAGACGAUGAAGAUGAGGACGAUGGGGAUGCAGAUAUAGAUCCUGAGGAGGGAGACUUAGAUGGCGCACCUUCAACGACCGGCGAUCCGUUGCCUCCAUGCGGAUUGAAAGAGAUCUCUUCGCUCGCAUCCUGGACUGUUAGCACCAGCAAACCCGGCUGCGGUGUCGCUGCCCUACGCCACUCAUCCACUUCUCUCUUCUGGCAGAGCGAUGGCCCGCAACCUCAUCUCCUCACCGUGCACUUCUUCAAGCAAGUCGCCGUUGCUCACAUUCGCAUCUACCUUGACUUUGAAAACGACGAGAGUUACACACCCACCCGCAUGCAGUUUUGGGCUGGCACUGGUCUCCACGACCUCAUCGAGUUUGCCGAUAUGCAGUUUGAGCAGCCUCGUGGUUGGAUCCCUGUCGACUUCUCUCAGGUCGGACCCAUUGAAGAUGAGGACAAUGAGGAUCCCGAAUCUAUCGAUUGGAGCAAGAGACCUCUGCUUCGCUGCUUCAUCUUACAGGUCCGCAUCCUUGAGAACCACCAGAAUGGCAAGGAUACCCAUCUUCGCGGUCUGCAAAUUUUUGCUCGCGAUGAGAGAGCCGAGGAGAACACUGGCCUGAUGGAAGACGAUGCUGAUACCAAGGAGGGUGCUCGCACCGACAGAAUGGACAUGCCUGUUCGCUCCAAGGAGAAGCGCAAGCGUUCAGAGGGUCUGCCCAAGCUCAAGAAGGCUUCGUUCAUGAUGGAGCCUGAGUUGAGAUGA